AUGGAUAAGAAGGUAGAAACUAUGGAGAAUGGAGAUGAGAAAGGGGAAGAACUCAAACAGCUCAACUACAGAGGAGUCAAAGCCAUGCCCUUUGUUAUAGGAAACGAGACGUUUGAAAAGCUUGGAACGAUUGGGACGUCAACAAAUCUACUGGUGUAUCUAACUACGGUAUUCAACAUGAAGUCGAUAGACGCUAUUAAUCUCAUCAACGUAUUCGCCGGUACUUGCAACUUCGGUACCCUUGUCGGAGCUUUUCUUUCCGACACGUAUUUCGGCCGAUACAAGGUCUUAGGUUUCGCUUCCAUUUCAUCUUUCAUGGGGAUGCUUGUGCUAACGUUAACGGCAGCAGUCUCAAAGCUUCAUCCUCCUCAUUGUGUAGACGGUGUCCCCUGCAUCGGACCGACGCCGUGGCAAAUGGCUUUUUUGUUGACCGGUUUUGGGUUUCUAAUCGCCGGAGCUAGUGGCAUCCGGCCAUGUAACUUAGCCUUUGGUGCAGACCAGUUUAACCCCAAAACUGAAUCCGGCCAAGCGGGAAUUGCUAGCUUCUUUAACUGGUACUACUUCACCUUCACGUUUGCCAUGAUGGUAUCGUUGACUGUCAUCGUUUACGUGCAAGCGGAUGUUAAUUGGGCCCUCGGAUUAGCCAUCCCGACGUUCCUUAUGUUCCUCUCGUGUGCCGUCUUCUUUGCGGGCACCAGAAUUUACGUCAAAGUGUUGCCUGACGGCAGCCCUUUGACGAGCAUUUUUCAAGUCCUCACGGCCACCAUCAAGAAGAGGGGAUUGACGGUUCCUCAGGAACCGUCAGUCUCCCUAUUCAAUCAUGUUUCCACCAAAUCGAUCAACUCAAAACUUCCUUACAGCAAACAAUUCAGGUUUCUGAAUAAAGCCGCAAUUAAGACAGAAAACGACAAAAUUAACCCCGACGGAUCGUCAGGAAACCGUUGGACGCUUUGUAGUAUACAACAAGUAGAAGAAGUGAAAUGUGUGAUCAGAACUGUUCCAAUUUGGCUUGCUUGCAUAAUCUACAAUGUUUCACUCCACCAAAUGCAAACCUACACAGUCUUCCAAGCCCUACAAUCCGACCGUCGACUCGGGUCCGGCACCUUCCAGAUUCCAGCAGCCUCCUACACCGUCUUCCAAAUGCUAGCACUCACGGUCUGGAUCCCAAUCUACGACCGAUUGCUCGUUCCAUGUCUCCGGAAAAUAACAAACAAAAAACAAGGAAUUUCGGUCCUCCAAAGGAUCGGAGUCGGAGCAGGCAUCGCCAUUUUGACGAUGCUUGUUGCUGCCUUAGUCGAGACGAAAAGAAGAGACUUGGCACAUGCAAAACCGACGCUCGGGUCGGUGAGGGGGAAAGGAGCGAUUUCAUCGAUGUCGGGGUAUUGGCUGAUACUUCAAUUGGCGGUCGCGGGCCUCUCGGAAGGGUUUGCGAUAAUCGGGUUUGUUGAGUUUUUCUACAAACAGUUUCCGGAAAACAUGAGGAGUUUCGCGGGGGCGUUCUUGUUUUGCGGGAUGGCGAUGUCGAGUUAUUUGAGUAGUUUCAUGAUAUCGGUGGUUCAUAGAACGACUCGUGAAGUUGGGUCGACGACGAAUUGGUUGGCCGAGGAUUUGAACGAGGCGAAGUUGGAUAACUUCUAUUACUUGUGCAUGGGGUUGGAGGUGCUCAACUUUAUGUACUAUUUGAUGGUGGCAAAAUGGUAUAAAUAUAAAGGAACUGGAGAUGAAAAAGAUGACGUGGCGUUAGAAGAUAUGUCAACCCAGAAACAUAUGGUUUGAAAAUAUACAUCUGAAAUGACUAUAAUACCCUUAGACGACGUUAAACGUUGGGAUGAAAAUGAUGUACCCAACCCAACUGUGGGUUCAAGAGGGUUACUUGAAAAGAUCUCCAAUAUGUACUAAAAGUAGGUUUGGUAAUUAAUUAUAAUGUGGGGGGGUAUUUUCGACAUUUUACUUGC